CUCACCGGGGGGAAGGACGGUACCUUCUCAGAAGUUUGGCAAAAGAGGCAAAGAAAGAGGUCAAGAUUUGCACGUUCAGCGUGCGCGGCGCAGAUCUCUAACGAGGCAUGCUUGUUUUCUUCCAUACAAAAGCGCAACCCCACCUAAUGAUUGUCUGAUCGACAUACCUGCCUCGUCGUGGCGAGUUAUAUCAUCUGGGGUUGUUUCCCUCCUUCUCUAAAAGGCAGCGGGGAAAACAACAAAACUCCCAACAGGAUGGAAACCCCGAGAAACCAGGCUGGGCCGAGGAAGAGCGGCAUGAUGGAACGCCUACGGCGACUGCGCUCGGAUCCGAAACCAGAGAUAGACCCAACAGCGAAGCCAGAGAGGCCAGUCAUCUUUACGCCACACCGUGCUGCAGAAUGCGUCGGCGAGGGUCUGGAUGAGCCAAGGACUCCUAAGCUGGACGACAGGCUCGGGACAGCAGUUCAGUCCGGUAGCAAAGACGAGGCGGGUCAGGAGAGCACUGGAAGGCAGCCCGACGACAACGUGGAAAUGGUCGUGCAACCGCCAAAGGGGGGCACCGGGUCCUCGGACUAUGAGGCCUUUCUCCAGAAGGCUGUAGAGGACGAACGCCAACGGGUCGAGAGCGGCCAAACCAGCGUACCAAAACCGAAGCAGCAACCACAGCUCAAUCAGUUCUACUCUCAGGGCUGGGCAGACGCAUCACCCGCUGCUCAGCCCAAACUCGCAGAAAUUCAGGAGUCCGAGUCAGAGCCAGAGUCUGACGACAAUGGCGACGACGAUGUCAGUAGUAGAGACACAGGAGACAUCUCGCCGACCCAGCAGCGCGGUCUGGGCCGUCAAGACUCGUCGUCCUCUUCUACGAGCUCAGGGAGUCACGACUUUGCCGACUCCCCCGAUACGAGACCCACCCUCACACAAACCUGGCCUGGGGCGGACCGGGAGGGUCGUCACGUCAGCUUCAAGGAGCCCACGAGAGUGAGGAACAGGAGCGACUCGAAUCCCAACCUGUACACGCAUACCCGCUGCUCCGAGUCGCCGCAGGGACGGAGGGCAAUCGCGAGGCGGAAGAGCAUUCGCCGGACGAUUACUGAUUAUGUUCGUCAGCUCACAUAGCUGCUGGCAUGGCACGGCACGGCACGGUACGGCCACUUGUAGGAGCCAUAUUAAUAACGAGUCUC